CGCUGUAACUUUCAUUAAAAAUAUAUUUAUUAUUAUCUUUUAUUUGCUAUCAAAAUCAAAUAAAAAUAUUUUAAUUCCAGAAAGUAAACAGGCUUCUUAAUUUCCUUGUAAAUGGCUCUAAUCUCACGAUUGUGGAGAAUUUUCUUCAAUUAUGUUACGCAACCAGGAAACUACCAAACAAAAAUAAAAGUCAGAAUUUAUCUUGUGCUUGUUGUAUGUAACUAGAAACAUUGUAAAAUGUGUCCAAAUUACGAAUACGUUAAAAACUGCAUUUUUACCGCACUAUUUCAACUGAACAAAAAUAUGCAACUUAUUAUCGCUUAUUUCUUUUGACGUAUUCUCUUAUUAUUUCGUAUCUACAACUACAUUGCAUUUAACAAGUUAAUAUGUCUAUUCGAUAAGUCGAUAAUGUCACUAAAAGUAGAAUUUCAUGACAGUAACGUCGCAGUUAUUUCUUAGAAAUGAAACUAUACGUUCGAUGAAUACACUGUAUACAUUAUUAUGACGUGCGUGUCGUUUUAUGUUCGCUUCGAGUACAAUUCCACUGCUCAAAUUGCAUGGCCUAUCUCGAGUAUGUAUUUAAUAAGGUCAACUGUGAGAUAAUUAAGCCCAAUAUUAUAAAUAGGGCGAAGUUUCUUCAUUUGGAUGCUUGAUAAAAAGUUAAGAAAUACAGUAUCUGUUUAAGAUCAUGAAGCAUGAGUUGCUUAAAAUGUUACGCAAUAUUAUCAUCAUUAAACAAAUUUUAUUAAUUCAUGUAACAUUGGAGAAAAUAAUGUACAUUAGAAGAUCCUUGAAACUUAUAAAGCUCGCUUUCAUUCACAUUGUUACACGAUAUGAUACGAACUUAAAUAUCGAUUAAGAAAUAGUUUCUAUGCCUCGUCGCUCUAUAUAUACUUAAAAAUGUUUCAAGACCGGAUAAUAAUUCAUGACAAGUAUGCGUAAUGGACUUCAUAUAGACAAGUUUAUAAACUCGUGUAGAAAAAAUAAUGAUGUAAUUCCUUGUGACUCGCGCGGAAAUAUUCAAUGUACAUGUAGAUAACAACAUGAAUCAUUUUUUUUCGAUUAAAUAUCAUUCUUGUCGAUACACACACGUUAAAAUCUUAUUUUCAUUACAUAAAAGAGGAUAUAUGAAAACGGGUAAAUUCAGGUGAUUACUGACAAAUUCGUUACAAAAAUUAUCUCAAUAAUUUGUAAACGAUGAAACACUUUUCUGUUCUCACGUCUACAUCUAUAAUUUCACUCUUAUAUAAGAUAACUGGUCUGAAAGUCAUUCUCUUGUGCAAACAUCAAUUAUUAUUUUAAUUACAUCUUACGCACGGAACUUAUCGUAAAGUACGAAAUGACUUAUGAUGUAUGCAUGAUGACCACUAUCAUGAGCUACUCGAUGAUUAUCUUUUUAUCUACUUUAAUUUAUUAUGUCGUAAUAAAACUGUCAGUUGAAAAAUUAAUAAAAAGGCGUCUUCUUUUUAUAAAAAAUCAUUAAUUUUAUUCGACGUCUAUGAAAACAAAUUUUAGUUGCUCGCGAGUAAUUCUCUGUUUUAGUUAAUGACGUAUAUGACAAUGUAUAUGUUAUAUUUUUUUCAUGUGCAACAAGCAUAUUGGGCAGAUUUUUGGCUAUGUAAUUCGGGUUGAGUACGUAACUGUCAACUAUAGCGCUAAAAAGAUCCCAUCGUAUCGCGUUUUGUUUAUAACAGGUACGAAAUUCCUUCUCAUCUCCGCCUUCACAUUAUACCAAAAGCACGAUCGAAAAGCGACGCGAUGGUGGGGUCACCAAGAUAGUCAACGUCUCGUGGUCCGAUCUCGCCUUUCAGUGUUAGCACUUCGUUCCGUCUGCGACGAUGUUGAUCGCAUUGCGACUUUUUCCGUUCACCACGCACUUUAAUUCGCGCCUGUUGAGCUUCGUACGAUCGUAACUGAUAUACAGCCGCUCCACCGCGUAUCUUCAAGCCACCUCGUCGUUCGAUAAUCCGAGGUGAUCUUCGUGCUUUUGUCCCAUACGAGAAAUUCAUUUUUUACUCUGUUAUAUCUCAAAUAUCGGACAAAAAUGGAAGAAUUUCAAGGAUAUGAGGAAUCUAAUAUAUAUAAAAAAGGACCACCUUGCAGAUUACGAAAAUUAGGAGACAUGAUCCCAGCACGCGUAGUGCUGUACCUACUCUCGUUCUCCGGAUUUCUUGUAUCUUUCAUGAUGAGGACAGACAUUAACAUCGCUAUGGUGGCCAUGGUGAAGCUGCCGUCAACAUCAGACAACGAUGUCGCGGUAACGUCACACUGUUACACAAUGACGAAUGCGUCACAUACGGAAAACACUACCAUGAUUAGACCGGAGGACGCUGGCGAGUUCACGUGGAGUCCAGCUAUUCAGUCUGCCAUUCUUAGUUCCUUUUACUGGUGUUACAUACUCUCACAAAUGAUCGGCGGUGUUCUUACUCAAUAUUUUGGCACUAAAACCAUAUUCGGCGGAUCCCAGAUCGUCACUGCCGUCUGCAGUCUGCUUAUGCCAUCCGCUGCAGAGAUUCAUUACGGGGCCAUGAUAGCGUUACGCAGCAUACAAGGCAUUGCAAGCGGACUCACGUGGCCCGCGAUGUACGCCGUAAUCGGACAUUGGAUUCCACCCGUGGAACGCUCGCGCUUCAUGUCUUCCUUUCAAGGGUUCAGCAUCGGCAUCGGCUUGACCUACCCAUUAUGCGCAUUUAUCAUCGCUCACUUCGGAUGGAGGACAGUGUUCUACACGACUGGCAGCAUCGGUCUCAUCUGGUGCAUCUUCUGGUACUUCUGCGCUUUCGAUACUCCCGCUUCACAUCCCAGAAUAUCUCAGCCGGAACUACGUUACAUUCAGGAAGGUGUUAGAAAUCAAGUUCUUGGUUCGAACGAGGAUUUGCCUGUUCCUUGGAAAUCUAUACUGACGUCCUGGCCAGCGUGGUCCAUUGGCAUCACAACCUUCGGUAGAAUAUGGGUACAUUACGUUUUUAUCAUUCCUGGCCCGAUGUACAUGAAGAGGGUGUUAGGGUUCAGCAUACAGGCAAAUGGAAUCCUAUCGGGCGCACCAUUUAUUUGCAGCUAUUUGAGUUCCGUUGUAUUCUGCUACGUUGCAGAUGUCCUGGUUACACGGCAAAUAAUGACUUUACUGACUGUGCGCAAGAUAUUUACCGCGUUGUCACAAGUAGUUCCUGGAAUCCUCGUAGUUCUGAUCGGAUACCUGGGCUGCAAUAUUAUCCUCGUUUUAGUUAUAUGGUUUAUAGCUGUUACUCUCAUAACAGCUGGUUACGCCGGUGCAAUGGCCAAUAUUGUUGACAUCGCACCUAAUUUCGCUGGGCCGGUAUUAGCGUUCGCACAGACAAUUCACAUGACCGCGAGUUUUCUAUCCCCAAUAGCAGCUGGUCUGCUCACACAGGAAAGCCAAUCUCUCGACGCGUGGAGGAAUGUGUUUGCGGUCACAGCGGGUGUGUCUUGCAUCACGUAUAUUGCCUAUCAGAUAUUCGGCUCAGCGGACAUCCAAGCAUGGAAUUAUCCCGAUCAAAAAUAUCCUCAAUCCGUUCAGGAGGACUCUCAGCCUUUGAAUGAAUCUCCCCGCAAGAAGAGCAGGAUUGUUCCAAGCCAAACAAAUCAUAUGGAACAAGCGUAAUAUACUUUUCUUUCGGUAUACUUUACAUAGGUUACGACUUACACAAGUAACAGAUUAGUUCCCUAUCUUUCUACUGCCGUCAUUCCUUGUGUUGAACCUUUAGGUCUUCUAACGCAAAAAAGCUAUUCUCAUAAAAACGUAGCUCUUUCUACGUAUAUGAAGAAUGCUUAUUUUCAAUAUUGGUCUCUCUUUUUUGUCUCUCUCUUUUUUUGUCUCUCUUUUUUGUCUCCCUCUUUUUAAAUUUCUGUAAAUAGAUGCGAUUGUUAAUGCAAAAGAAAUGCUAUAGGCGUCAGGGUAUUAUAUAUUAUAGUAAUGAGAAUGAUAUUUUUAUGAAGCGAUUCUCAGGAAUGUCAAAAUGUUCCAAUUGGUUUUCAACGCAGAUUGUAUAAAAGAAAUACACAAACGUUUAGAGAAAUAAUCGGUGAUAAGUAAAUUAUAAUUGCCCGUUCAUACAUAUUAUCUAAUAUGCAAGAAAAGCAUCGUAUAGUAAUUUAUUCGUAAGAUAAUACGAAGAUAUAGAUCUCAUGACGGUACCAAACUAUUACUUAUUUUUUCUAUGCGGAUACCCGAGAAAUUUAUAUGUACAUUACUAAUUAUUGAUAUAUUAAUUCUUUUAUAUUUGUAGAAUAUAUUUUCUUUUGUAUUUUUUCUCUUUCAAUUAUAAUCUAUGCGUUUAAUGUGUUAAUUAACCUCAGGAGGGAGGGACGUAAAGAUAUAAAAAAAUUAUUUUGAUCUUUCUGACAAUAUUAUUAUUUGAGUAUUAUCUGAAAUUUAUGAAAAUAUAACAGAGCUUAUGAUAAGCUCUCAUAUAUACUGAAAAAAACAUAUGGAACUAUUAGAGUACUUAUAAUAACUUUGAAGAGAUACUUAAAAUGUAUAUUUGCUGAAGAUAAUUUUUGUUUCUUUAAUUUUGUAAUAGUGUAUGCAGAUGUAAUCAUUAUGAAGUAGCGAGUACUAAAUGAAAACAGAAUUGAGAGGUACUUUUAUCAGUACUUAUAUUUUAUAAUCAGUGCCUUAUGGUGCGUGUAGGUUUUCAAAUUGACAAGCUCUGAUGGAGCUCUUUCUUGUAUACAUGUCUAAUAAUUUAUUAAUUUUUACAAAUUAUUAUAGUUGUAUGUAUGUAUAGGAAACAUACACUUGACAAAAUGUUCAUGACUGUAAAUUAAUACUAUAAACCUGCCAUUACAUCGCGACGAAAGCGAAAGAAUAUCUCUCUGCAGGUGGUGGGACACAUGUUAGACAGAUGCAAUGAUUCCGUUAUCAAUGUAUGCACAUAAUUUAUAGAUUGCGUUCCGAUAUCCAUUGCCAAUACUAAAAAUCUAUGGUUCAUAUUACGCAUACUACAUAUGGUUCAUAUUACAGAUUUUCAAUACUGGCAGAAUAUUAGAACGUAGUCCUAGUAGGUAAUACAAGUAUUAUAAAUUUCGCAUAGUUUUUACAUCGAAUUAUUUGUACUAAUAUUUCUUUCUAAUUUCAACAAUUUUAUCUCUUUAUACUUGUGUACAAUGUACUUUAUACUUUAGUACAUUGAUAUAUAUAUAAGUAUAUAAGAUAUGAGUCAAUGAUUGUUUCUUCAAUUAAUAUUGUAUAUGUUUUAAUUAUAAUCUCUUUUGUCGCGUAUAUAGAAUAUAUGUAAACAUUAGUUAUUAUCUUGAGAUAUAAAAGGACAUUAUUAUAUAAUUUUAUUAAAGUUAAAGUUAUAACGUAGAGAAUAUUUUGAAGAGUUAUUUUUUUUAAUGGAAAUUGUUUUGAGAAAAUAAUUUUUUGAACAAAAAUUUUGAACAUUGCGAAGGAAUUAUGCAAUUAUCCUAAAUAAAUAAAUUUAUGAUAGACGUAAAAAUAAAAUUGUCCUCUCUUUUUCUCUUUUUUGUUUCAAUCUUCUAUAUAUUUAGUUUAGUGAUUAUCAUUCAUUUUAUAUGUCAUAUAUAAUUACGAAUGUAAUCUUUUAUGUGACAAAUAUAUUUGGACGUUGUAUUUAUUGGAGCAAUUUAGUAAUAUGUAAACAGGAAAAUGCUAACAAUAACGAAUACGUCGAUUUAUCUUAAUACUUCUGUAAUUACCGCAUCAUAUUCAAACUCCAUUGUAAAGUCAAGGACCAGGAGCGUCGAGAAAUAAUAUACUAGAAAUUGUAUUAUACAUUGAAUGUUACUAAAAAGAGUUACUUAGAAAUAGGACAGAUGAUUUAUUAUAUAAUGCAGAUACAUGAGUUUAAUUCAAAAUAUAUAAACAUAUAUAGUUUUAUUAA